AUGUCCAGUCUUUCAUUGAUCGAUUCCGUCAUCGACGACGAUGACGAGUUCUGCCCCCUGUGCAUUGAAGAGUUCGAUCUCUCCGAUAAGAAUUUUAAACCGUGUCCUUGUGGAUAUCAGAUUUGCCAAUUCUGCUACAAUAACAUUAAAACGCAGAAUGAGGAAGGACGAUGCCCCAACUGUCGACGCGGAUACGAUGAAAGUACUAUCCAGUACAAGAUUCCUGACGUUGAGGAGUUCAAGGCAGAUUUGGCGCUGAAGCACCGCAAGGCGGCUGCUGCGAAAAAGAAGGAGGCCGAAAAGCGUGAAAUCGAGGCUUCCAGUCGGAAGAACUUGGCCGGUGUCCGUGUUGUCCAAAAGAACUUGGUCUACGUCAUCGGCCUCAACCCUACGAUCCGAGACGAAAAUCAACUCCUUCAAACGCUUCGUGGACGGGAAUAUUUCGGUCAAUAUGGCGAGAUUGAAAAGAUCGUGGUCAGCAAGGCUAAGCCCGGCGGCAACCCUAACCAGGGAAUUGGUGUUUACGUGACUUUCUCACGCAAAGUUGAUGCUGCGAUGUGCAUCAACGCCGUGGACGGUUCUGGAAAUGGCGAUCGGGUGCUUAGGGCGCAAUACGGAACAACUAAAUAUUGCUCCUCCUUCCUUCGCAAUGAGCAGUGCAAUAAUCGGAACUGCACUUUCUUGCACGAGACUGGGGAGGAUAGCGACAGUUACAGCCGCCAGGACCUCUCAUCUAUGAACACGAUUUCCACCCAACGCCCAAAUCUCCCACCUACCCCCUCUCACGUGAGGUCCGCUCAACCCAUCGCCCAUCCUAUGCGCCGGCAACCGAGCAAGGAUGACUCAAUCAGUAGUCGCACCGGGAUACCAGAUGGCCCGGCUCUGCCAUCAACCGCCAGUUGGGCUAACAAAGAUGUUGCUAUCCACCGAACCAGGAGGACUAGUCUCACUGGCAGCCAAGCCUCCAUUAAUAGCCCACGACCCGCCAGUGUCAAUGUGGCGACCCCAGUUGAAGAACCGAAGCGAGCAGAGAAGCCGUCUCCGAUUUCCCAAGAAGCCCCACAAUCGAUCUCCCAGGUUGAUCCUCAAUCUCCCGCCCCGCAACCGCGUCCUCGCCGUGCGCCUCAACCUCCGAAGCUGCCAUCGCCAUUUGACAGUUUGCUUAAGGAUAUCAACUCUCCGGAUUUCAAGUUCUCUUUCAGCACGGCCGAAUUGAGUGCGGAAGAGGUCAAGUUAAUCAACGAUUACCCAUCUUUCAUCGACCCAUAUGGUGGCGUCAAGCGCAGAGCAAUGCGCGAGAAAGUCGAACAUGAGCGUCUGAGCCGCGAGCACGAGUUGCUCCAAUCUGUUGCAGCCGAGGAAGAUAGCCGUGAAGCCGGUAGCCUCCAGCUAGGUGGUGAGCCAGAGGAAGUAAAUCCCCCGCGCAAUCGCCAGACCCGGGAGUCUCACGGUGCUAUCCAGCCGCCUUCACAGCAGGACACUGCAGACAACUCAACUGUUGGAUCCCCUGUCUCUGCGACUAGCCAUCAAUUCCAAGGCUUGAACCUCGCUGGACGAAGCUUAACUCCCUUGCAGCAACAGCAGUUGAUGCUACUCAAGUCCGCCGGUAAUCAACAAGCUGGUCUGGCUGACCCUCUCAGCUCCGCCGGUCUGGACCAAGCCGCCCAAGUCCGCCAAGGCCUCGCCCAGAAUCAGAUCGCACAGUUCAAUGCGCUGCAGGCAGCACAGAACCGACAGUCUUCCCGAUUCUCCUUUGCAAAUGAUGUCGGUUCUAAGAAUAUGCCUAAUGCUCGCAUGUUGGGUCAAAUGCAAUCUUCAUCUCCCAACCCUCUUUCUGCCCCAAGCCCUCAACACGGUCUUGCAGCAAGCGGUUUCUAUGCCAGUGGUGUGCAGGGUCCCCCGCCGGGAUUGAAGACGGCCGGUACCCCUCCGAUUAGUGGUGGUGGAAUGUUCGCGCAAGGACAUGGUUUCACCUCUGGGGUUGGUGGUAAUGGAGGAAAGCAAGAUCCGACUCCCGAGCUAAUGCGCGAACUACUACGUGGGCGAACUGGUACGAAUGUUGGUGGUUUACAGGGCCAAGAGGCAGCUAAGCGUGAGUUCAUGUUCCCUUUUCUUCAACAGCACAAUACCCCGCCCCCCAUGACUCCUGUCAAUGGCCUUCUCAGCUCCUUCUAUGGGCCCCAAGCGGGCGUAAUGCCUGAUUCCGGUGGCCCACAGAAGCAGAAGAAGAAGGGGAAGAAGCACAGACACGCUAACACUUCCUCCGGUGGAGGUGGUGUAGUAGAUCUUGCGGACCCGAGCAUUUUGCAGGCGAGAAUGCAUCAAGUCGGUGCGAAUGCUACUGCUGGGCAGGCGUUGUACGGGAGUCAGGGUCAAGUAAAUGAGGACUUUCCUCCUCUUGGAGAUCAGUCCAAGGAUCGACGACCUGUUGAUAGCUUUGGGUUUUUGAAGUCUCAGUUACCUGGCGAGUCAGCCGCUCGUGCUGGAACUCCGAGUCUGCCACCUGGACUGCCUUUACCCCAUGCUCAUCCCUCGUCUUCUGUAUUCCAGGAACACAGCUCCUCUAAACCUUCGUCUCCUGUCCCGAUUCUCCCACCUGGAUUGACGCCCAGCAUUUCGCGGCUGAACAGCCCAUCGCAGAGCCGUGUUGACAGCCCCUCUCGCCUUCUAAGUCCUGAGCUCACCGUGGGUGGACCUUUGACAUCAAGCCGCGUGAAGGACGCUUCUCAAAUCUCCUUUGGGUCGCCCGUGCAAAAGUCCGCGAGCAAGCCUCGUACCCAACGCAAGAGUGAGUUCAACAUUGGAGCUGAUUUCAAAGAUUCACCUGCCAAGGCUACACACCAGUCGCAGCCGAGUUCUGCCACUACCAAAGGCAGCCCACUCGAUUUUGGCUCCCCGCUACCCCUAUCCGUCAAGACUGAGCAGGUUCCACCUCCUGGCUCUGUCUCUGUAAUCGGGUCUCGACCUGACACACCCCAAACCAUGGCAUCCCGCCUUUCUGACUCCCCUGCUACUCGCCAGCCUCGUGUUCUGCGUGUGGUAGAAACCCCAAAGCCAGAAACUCCUCCCAUUAUCACCGUACCCUCUGUGCCCGCUUCUGUCGCUGGAGGUACCAGGUCCCGCUCUAGGAGACAGAGUAUCUCGUCAACCAGCGUCCCUGACACUCCUGCUGAUAUGGGAUGGGAAGCUGAUUACUAUCCUUCCACCUCCGCUUCCCGUGCCAAUUCCCCUCCUGCUUCUACUCGUAUCGGCUCCGCCCCCGUUCGCUCCAUGACCAAGAGCCAGGUCAAGAAGGAGCGGAAGCAGAAGGCGAAGGAGGCCGAGGCUAAGAAGGUCGAAACUGCACAUGUGAAUGAGGAGCCUGUCCAAGCGCCUAUCAUGGGGCGAAAGCGUAAGACUAAGAAAGCCCCCACAGCCACUGUGAGCACAGCCGAUGCACCCGCUGCUAGUGCCCCCGAAAAAGCGAGCCCUGUGAAACCAGCGAGCGUUUCCCCAGUCAAGGCCGAACCCAAGGUGGAUACUACCACGAAGAAAGUGAAAGCCAAGGAGAUCAAGCCUGCCAGGGAGCCUACUCCUCCCCCCUUUGGACAGUUGGUCAAGGACUCCGAGGCCCUCGGAAGGGCAAUCAAGGAUCUUUUCGUGGAACGAACUAAGCCUCUUCACGAGUUGCUCGCUGAGAUGCACAAGUCCGGCGAACUUAACCUCAACAAAACUUCUCUCUUCAACCCUACCAACCUCAGCCAUCGCACCGACAUGAAAUGCACUGCGGAGGACUACGAUUAUCUCCAGUGUCCCAACGAGUUGACCGAGGAGGAUCGGAAAACCCUGCUUCGUGGAGAGCCCGUUCGAAUUGGCGAUGAUUUCCUCAAGACUCGAUGCCUGAUCACGCCCCGCGGUUGUGUCCUGCGCCAUCUCGAGCCAGAAGAGGAAGAGCGGUACCUUGAGCUGGAGAAGAACAUGGCCAGUAUCUCCGAUCCUUUCAUGAUUGGAGACGACGCAAGCAAUCCCAGUGGAGGUCUGGAAGCACUUUUCGCGAACCCAGAAAAGUUCAACAUCUGCUGGGUUGACGACAUGUCCACUCGCCUGGGUGCCACGUCUCCAUCCUCUUCUCUUGAGGCGGCGGAAUCUGUGAUCCCACCUAACGUCCUCUCGGCCAUGGAGGCAGACAGCACCCGCAACCAUGAUUGGGCCGUCGCCAACUCGGCAGAAUUUCUUAACACCACCCCUGCCGCUGUUCGCUCCUUCGCUGCUGUUACCGCGCAGCACAUGCUGGGCAACCCGGGCAUGGUCAGUACCAACCCAACCCUCGACGACGUUGCCGGCUUGACCAACGAGGAGCUGAAGGAUCUCUCUGGUCGUUCUCAGAAGGACCUCGAGCUUACCCGGAAAGAAAUGGAUUCGCUGGAUAAGAAGUUCGCAGCUUUGCUUCGACGUAACAAGAAGCUUCAGCAGCAGGCAUUGAACUUUUCUGCUGGUUCGGAGCUGUAA